AUGGAUGGCCAAAAAGAUACAGCAGCCAAGAAGACAGAGGAUGCCAAAGCUAAAACCCGACAGCGCCGCGCUCAUACACGAAGUCGAGCUGGCUGUUCAGAAUGUCGCAGCCGCAGAAUAAGAUGUGGCGAACAACGGCCCAAAUGUGAAAACUGCAUCAAGGGCAACAGAGCAUGUGAAUACCCGCCAGUCAAAAUUCCUCUUAGGGAGAGAAGAGCGCUAGAGAGAGCGGCAGGUGAAGCUCUGCCGUGGCAGGAUGCGACACCGUGGGAAUGUGCACCUUCUAAGAGUGCCAAGAGGCCCGAGUUACCUAGCGCACAGGCUUUGGUAAAUCAGAUGUUGAUUUCAGGGUCAGCGACGAAUUUCAAGAGUGCUGUUUCUAUUGACAUGCCGCUGAGAUCGCAGGAGCUGUUUCAUUACUUCUAUGAGACAGGCCCGACACUUGGCGUGUCGCCAAAAGAUCAUACGAAAGAUUGUCUGGCUUAUAUCAUCACAGACCCUGAAGCACUUCGAAGCGCAGUACUCAUGGCUGGUACUCACUUUGCCUUCAACGUGGGCAGUCUACAGGACUUUGAACUUACCUUUCUUCAUCACAAGAUUGAGACUGUGCGGAGGGUGAGAGAUUGGGUUUCUCGGCAAGAUCCAAAGCUGGUUGCUGAAAUCACCAAACAAAUCGUUACUUUGGCGUACACUGAGACUUGCCGUGGUGAUAUAAUGCUAGCAGAAACACACUUGAGCGGUUUAUACGCCCUUUUGAAAAGUUUAGGAGCUCUACCCAGCGACGAACGUAAGACUCUCGACCAAGAGCUGGACGACCGAUAUUUUCUUCUAACAUCUACCUUCGUGGAGGGCAUGAAAAGCGUUUUUGGAGCCGUUGCCCGCACAGAAGGUCUCGGCAACCACACAGUAACCCGCGAUUCAACAGACGUCCUCUAUCAACUUCACAAAUACUACACGAACAAAGGAAAGAUCGGGCAUCAUCUCAAGCUCAAGGCGAUUCGUCUUUUCCCGGCAUUUUUCAACCCACCUCACAGCGGAGCUCAGCUGCUCGAUAUCGACUACAGACCUGUCAUCAGAUGUCUUCGAGAUACGACCGAGAAUCUAGGUGGAGAUCCACACAACGAUCCUUUUUGCGAACGAAAGAAUUAUUUUUGGCUGCAAGGCCCUUCUUCGAAACUUUACGAUAGCGUUAUCAUGGCUCAUCUGAACUCGAUUUACUACGGAGGCGACAACGAUGGGUCCGAGGCUAGUACGCCCGAGACUUCGAAAUAUUUGGUUUCAUGGUGUGCAUUAACAAUCGCGGCGCAACUGUACAUGCAAGAAAUUGCUGUUGUCUGGGGUCCCCUUAGGCUGGAAAUAAUUCUAUACUCGCUGCGCAUCUUGCAGAGGGAGAUAACUAUUGCCAUGCGGAAUUCGGAGCUUGUAGAGUUUAUAUAUUGGCAGUCUUUUAUUGGGUUGAUUGGUGUUCAUGCUUACGAGAAGCAUGGCGGUCUGGACUCGGAGCCGAGUUUCAAGGCCUUCUUUCACAGGAUGAUAAGGGAGCAGAGUAAGGCUUUGAGGCUGUAUACUUGGGAUGAUGCGAGAUGGGUUUUGGCGAAUGUUUUGUGGCCUCGUUCGGAUAGUAAGGAUUGGUUGAGGAGAGAGAUUUGGGAUACGGCUAUGAGUGAUGGGGUUAGCAGUUGA